AUGGGGACACUAUCGGUUGACCCGUUUUCAAGAAGUUUUAAGGGUCUCAUAGUUUGGUGCAUUUGGCUGUCCUUGAUCCAGAGUUCAUUGGCUACUUCUCAUAAGACUGGACACCAUUUUUACAAGUGGGAAGUGGAGUACAUGUAUUGGUCUCCAGAUGGGGUAGAAAAUAUUGUGAUGGGAAUCGAUGGUAAGUUCCCUGGACCAACAAUCCGGGCUAGAGCUGGAGAUACAGUUCAUGUUCAACUCACAAACAAACUCUCCACCGAGGGAGUUGUCAUUCACUGGCAUGGAAUCAGACAGAAAGGAACACCAUGGGCAGAUGGGACUGCUGCCAUUUCACAGUGUGUUAUUAACCCUGGAGAUACCUUCGAUUAUAGGUUCACUGUUGACAGAGCAGGAACAUAUUUCUACCAUGGACACUAUGGAAUGCAAAGAUCAGCGGGGUUGUACGGAGCCCUAAUAGUUGAUUUGGCAGAAGGAGAGAAGGAGCCUUUCCACUAUGAUGGUGAGUUUGACCUGUUGUUAAGUGACUGGUGGCACAAAAGUGUUCAUCACCAAGAAGUUGGCCUUUCUUCCCAACCAAUGCGCUGGAUUGACGAACCCCAGACCCUACUGAUCAAUGGAAGAGGGCAAUAUGGGUGUUCCCUAGCGGCUCAUUAUAGCAAAUCACCUCUCAGUCAGUGCAAUAUAACAGGACAUGAACAAUGGGCACCCUACAUCCUCCAUGUGGAUCCAAACAAGACCUACAGAAUAAGAAUUGCCAGUUCCACUUCUCUGGCUUCUCUCAACUUGGCCAUCGGGAAUCACAAAAUGAUGGUGGUGGAAGCUGAUGGAAAUUAUCUCCAACCAUUUGAGACUAAUGAUUUGGAUAUUUAUUCCGGUGAGAGUUACUCAGUCCUACUAAAAACAAGUCAAGACUCCUCCCAAAACUACUGGAUUUCUCUAGGUGUAAGAGGAAGAAAACCUAAAACCCCACAAGCCCUAACCAUUUUAAACUAUAAAACCAACUCUGCCUCAAAACUCCCUAUUUCACCUCCUCCUGUAACUCCUAGAUGGGAUGAUUAUGCCCACAGCAAAGCAUUCUCUAACAAAAUCAAGGCCUUAGAUCAUAAAAGUAUCCCUAAGCCUCCACCAACUUACCACCGUAGGAUUGCCCUACUAAACACUCAGAACAUGAUGAAUGGCUAUACUAAGUGGUCUAUUAAUAAUGUUUCCCUCUCAUUACCUGCCACUCCUUACUUGGGGUCCAUUAGAUUUGGCCUAAAAAAUGCUUUUGACCAAACGAAGCCACCUGAGGAUUUUCCGGGAGAUUAUGAUGUUAUGAAGCGACCAGUAAACUCUAACACCAAUACCGGAAAUGGGGUUUACAUGCUUGGUUACCAUAGCACAGUGGACGUGAUAUUGCAAAAUGCAAACACAUUGGCUGAAAAUAAUAGUGAAAUACACCCAUGGCACUUGCAUGGCCAUGAUUUUUGGGUGCUAGGGUAUGGAGAGAAGAAGUUCACCAAAGCUGAUGAGGAGAAAUUCAACUUGAAAGAUCCUCCUUACAGGAAUACUGCAGUGAUAUUUCCUUAUGGAUGGACUGCUCUAAGGUUUGUGGCAGAUAAUCCAGGAGCAUGGGCCUUCCAUUGCCAUAUUGAGCCACAUUUGCAUAUGGGCAUGGGUGUGAUUUUUGCUGAAGGUGUCGAACAUAUUGCUAAGAUUCCCAAGGAAGCUCUUUCUUGUGGUUUGACUGGGAAGAGGUUCAUGACUGGAAGCCAUUUGGGCUAA